GUUUGAAACGUGUCUAACUUAGUCGUCAGAGUUUUAACAACAAAGAGACCAAAGCCAUCCUCGCAACAACUCAACGCCUCUACCUUCAGUGCAGUAACGAAAGCGAAAUAGCAGAUCUGGACGAUUAACGACUCUUUGCCCGCGAGUUCAAAAUUGUUUUCAUUUGCUGCUUGACUUUAUUCGUGUCACGUGAUUGGACUGAUUAGUUUUGAAAAGCUAUUGACGUUUUAGAUCAAACUAGACGAGUAAAUUUUAGCACGGCCAACUUACUUUGAUAGUACCAUACUUAGUAUAACUUUGUAAAACUGGUCACGAAUAUUGCUGUUAGUUGAAGUUUUAUUUUUUGUGCAGCCGAGUCAAAGUACAAGCAAUAUUUACAAGUUGUUACAGAAGCUGAUUGUAAUUUACAAAGAAAGGUGAUAGAAUUGAAUUCGUAUCAACUCCUCAUCAUGAGCGGCUCAACAAUAGUUGCCGAAAUUGACCCGAGAGGUGUGGACGAAGUGUUGCCUGCAAUUCCGAAUGCAAGUUCGUUGUUAUUUCAUACUGGUAACAUCAUCAACCGGGGAUUUGUCUACAGAAGGUCACCAACCGUCACAGAAGAGAUCAAACUGACGUGCGCAAAAACUCUGGGUAAAUGGCUGGCUUCAAUCAACAAACAUGAGACUAAACACCUGUCUGCAGUGGACAUGGACUACAGUCAGAUCACGAAUGUCAGUGGAAUAACCGAGGACAGACAGAACCUCAAGGUCACAGUAAAGCUCUUUGUAGUGAGCGCUGGAGCAGAGUGUGUGAAAGAAGCCUUAAACAUAGUUGGAAGUAAACUGGGAACUGGUCACGUGGAAACCCUGAUUCUCUCCUUGCCCGGAAGUUCUCAUGGAACCAAUUUGACCUACAACGGGGGCCAAUCGGGACCAGCGGUGGGUCCAUUUUGGGAGGCGGCAGAGAGUGUGUUUCGACACCAGUUCAACGAUCUAGCACAUCACUCUCAGUGCUGCGUCUCUAACGAAGCAGGUGAUGUGAAUCACUCGGAAGAAGUAGUGAAUUCCGAGACCAGCAAUACUAGCAGAAGUCGCAGUUCGAGAGGAGGAGCGGGUGACGUGUUCAUAUCCUGGACUCUUGGUCUGUCCGACCUCAAUGCGGCGUCACUCAGAGACCUACAUGAUCACGCUCAGACGGAAAAGCCCUCGUUGGACCAGAUCAACAUGGACGUGUGCUGCUCUCCUCCGGAAGACCUGGUGGCCCUCUGUAACGAGAGAGACAUCCAACUGUUGACCCACAAUGACCCCCGCGAGAUACUGAGUGGACAGGAGAUGCACGAGAUACUCUCCAGCCACCUAUCUCACCACAAGGAUCUGGUCGGGUGGCAGGUUGGCUGGGUGCUUCGAUAUUCGGGUCUGGUCAAAUGCAGGGGUAUUAUCCACACCAAAGGAUACAUUGUGAAACUUAUCAGGAACACACAAGGCUACAACUUCAGUCCACAAUAGCGUACAGGCAAUGAAGCUUAUGAGGUUUUAAAAUAUGAGCUUAACAUUGCAGUAAAUAUUCUGUUCCGAUCCAAAAUUAUGUGAAGAAAUGGUAGAAGCUGCAUUACAAAUAUCUCUGUGAAGGUUUUCUACGUUGUGAAAAAAAUGAUACUACUGAAACACACAAACUGUUUUUGAAGUGUAGAUAAAUGCUGUCGCGACAUUUAACUUAUAGUUUGUGAUAUCCUCCGAUCUUUUCGAAGAUUUCUGGCUUGAAUGUUCAUUUUUACUGGCUGAAUGGGAUAAAUGUCGCGAUAUUUGGUGUCGAAGCUGCUCAACCAGGAAAAAGUUCUGUAUUGAUUGCCUUUUCUUCAUUGUUAAAUUUGAUAAUCAUCGAAAAAACUAUAAAUUGAGUGUAUAUAUAUAUAUAUAUAUAGAUUGUUCGAAAGUAAAAGUUUUCUAGUUUUAUGAACCGUUGUUUGCCCAAAAUCUAUGGAAAGCACUGAGCUUUGCCUUUUUCCGUCGAAAAACACGACGAUUUUUAUUUUCCCGAGCGCGAAUAAUUAAAUUGGUCAUCUAUCGUACGUAGAAAUAUGACUGUUAAUUUUCAGCUACCCUGAAUUCUGUAAUUGGUUUUCUUGCUUUUCCAAUGUGAAAAUAAAUUGUUUUAUUUUCUGCAAAUAAAAAUUGUUUAAACUGU